CUUCGAUGCUAUUGGCAGAGUUGGCGUUUGAGAGGAGGGCGGUGGUGCUCGCUAACAGCACUUGCCCCAACAGUCUGUUAAAGGCUAUAUGGGGGAUCUUUGUAUUUGAUCUCUAACUGCCGGACAUUUGUGAGAUAAGCAACGCGAGCAAGAUCGAAGAGCCGCUGGACUGGGUCUACUCCGAGUCUCGUCUUCGCAGCGUCUGUUCUUCCGCGACUUCCCUGCCAAAAGGGCUCAGGGCCGCAGCAAUGUCGCGCGAGUCCAAGCGGCACUGAACCCCAGUGGAGAAGUGCGAGGGGCGGUGGUGGCGCUGAUCAGACGCGGACGGCGGCCGCGGCACUGAGCGAGCAUGCGGGGCCGAGGGUCGGUGCUGCCGCAGCCCCCUGAUGGGGGGUGGGGCUGGAUGGUGGUCCUCGCCUGCUUCAUCGUCAACGUCUGCACGCGCGCUGUCACCAGAUGCAUCUCAAUCUUCUUUAUGGAGUUUCAGAACCACUUUCAGAAGGACUAUGCCACCACAGCGUGGAUUAACUCGAUGGUGGACUGCCUUACCAUGCUGUGUGCACCGAUUGGGAGCCUCCUUAGCAGUCACUUUGGGUGCCGUGCCACAGUGAUGGCUGGGGGUCUCUUCUCCUCCGCGGGGUUCAUAAUGGCCUCCUUUGCCACCAGCAUUGAGAUGCUCUACGUCUUCCUGGGCCUUUUCGCAGGCUUUGGCUUCUCACUUUGCUACUCCCCGUCCAUCGUCAUGGUCACCAAGUACUUCCGGCGGCGGCGGGCGCUCGCCACGGGCCUCGCCAUGUCCGGCAGCGGCGUGGGAACGUUCCUGCUGGCGCCGCUCGUCCAGUAUCUGCUCGACGUGUUCUCCUGGCGCGGGGCUCUGCUGCUGCUCGGGGCGUUCGUCUCCAACCUGUGCGUCUGCGGCGCCCUCCUCCGCCCCAUCCAUCUGCAGGCCGAAUUGGAACCGAGUGUGGGGAACGGCAACAACGGCACCGACGCGAGGGCCAUCCCUCCCGUCUUCCGCGCGGACCCCGGCAUGGAGGCGUGGACUGUGGCGGUGGCGGGGCCGCCCGACCGCGGCUGCAGCGCCGCAGCCGGAGGGCGCGCGCGGGGGGCGUGGGGCCGGCUGGUCAAUGCAGCCGGCAAGCUGCGGCGCAACUACGGCUUCGUGGUGCAGCGCGAGUUCGUCGUGUUCUGGGCGUCGGUGAUGCUCAUGGCGUACGGGUGCAGCACGCCCUUCGUGUACCUCGUGCCGUACGCGCAGUCGCACGGCGUCCCGCCGGGCAUGGCCGCGCUGCUGCUGUCCGUGCUGGGAAUCGUCGACAUCGCCGGGAACAUCUCCUACGGCUGGCUCACCGACAGGCCGAGUGUGCGCAAGCACAGAGGCCUCUUCUACAUGGUGGCCGUGGGGCUGGAGGGCGUGUGGUCACUCCUGCUGCCACUCAUGGCCAGCUUCCCGCUGCUCAUGGUGUACGCCGUGCUUUACGGCUACUUUGACGGGGCGUACGUGACCCUCAUCUCCGUGGUGACAGCCGACCUGGUCGGCCCCGUCCACGUCUCCAGCGCCGUGGGCCUCGUCUUCUUCAUGCAUGCCGUGCCGUACCUGAUAGCACCGCCGGUGGCAGGUUGGCUGGUGGACAUCACAGGCACCUACACGGCAGCCUUCCUCGUCAGCGGCAUGGCCAUGAUUUUGAGCGCUCUGCUUUUCGGGGUGGUGUCGUGCUUCAGAAGCUACUGCGCAAAACGCGAGCUCAAGGAACCUAUGGCAGAAUCGACGGCCAUGGUCAGGAAUGACACGUUUUCGUCAGAUAAGAGUGGAGUCACAGUGUCACCGCCCUUCCACGUGAGCUGCUGAUCCACAUGUAAUUCCAGAGCACUCGUCGACGUUUGUGUGGGUCGUGCUGCGUGCCGUUUGGCACGAUGGACAACGUGCUGCUCAAAAAGGAAACACGUCUUAGAGCUGUGUGGCACAACCGUGAAAACCUGCGCAGUCGUAAUUCCAAAGUGUGUGCGCGUUUGUUGAAAACACGUUCUGUCAUAGUGGUGCUGCUCUCUUAUUUUUCUAUGCAAAACUAUAUUCAAAAUAUGGCAUUUUGGUGCAUAAGGAAGUGACUUUGUAAUCAAGCUUGAAACUUGUUUUUUUAUUUGAAGUGUCACUAUACAGUGUAUAAAAUUUAUAAGUGAAUGAAUGAUGAAUAAAUAAUUAAUGUUCCUAUAAAACUUUUCAUUUGCUUUUGUGUAUUGUUAGAAUAAUGGUACGUUUACAUGCACAAUUUGACUAUGCAUGUGUAACUUUUACACGAAAAAACAUAUACAAACAUGUCCACUUUAGCACUGUUAAGCUAUUGCGACAGUAUAUUGUCUCAUUUGAUGUGUAGCCUCAGAAAAAAUGUAAAACGAUAAUGCUGCAAAGCAGAAUUUUGAUUGGAUUAGUCUAAAACUUCAAAGCGGCAUUUUUUAUUUCACUUAUAAACUCACUAAAUCUUUGUGCAGCAUGUUUACGCAUGCAUAUAAACAUAUCUUACACAGAAUUACAUUUCAGUUUGUUCUUGUCAUAUGAUGUGAGUAGCUGGAUUGAUUUGAAUGGAUAGCACUAUAAGCUUUCCCUUUUCAAUUUAGCUCACAGGAUUUUGCUCACAAAGCAUUGUUGAAGCUCUGCAUGCAGGAUAUCAGAUAUUAAUUAUGAAGUUAAUACUCUACAGGAGUAACUGUAUACAUCUGUUUAUAAAGCAUAUUACACACAUUUUAAUUCAUGUGAUCAAAUGUGUCCCCAAUCAGCCCAUCAUCCAAUGACCAAAGCACUCUUUAAAUGCACCGAUCUCAUCGGAUAUUGGAAACUAAGCACAGUUGAAUCUCGUUACUAUUUGAAUGGGUGACCACCAGAGAUUUCAAGAUGUCAGGACUAAAGCAGCCAUGAGAACCAGUUGUUCAUCCUGUUCGGAAACAGAUGCUACACAAAGUGGCCAGGAGAUGGUCGUAGUGAAUGUUAACCCUCGCUAUGUGUACAUUUUCUCCACGUAGUGGAGUUAACCGUUGUCUCUCUCCAACCAGCAGUGUAAACGGCUACACCCCAGUUGAUUGGAGGGUUACGUGUAGUCAGGAAAAGUGUAGGUAUCCCAACUACAUCUAAGAUCAGUUUAACACGUAGGCUUUUGCGACCAAUAUUAAUCAUAAAGGGUUUUGGGUUAGAUCGCGUUAUAUAUAAAUGUGUCACAACCCUCCACCACCCGACACAGCCAAUCAGUAAAAAAUGUGUCACGUUGACAAAAGACAAAUAGUUCACUACUUUAGCCCACCGAUAUGUUGAGUGAAUCCACAACAUUUACAAUUUUUGAGUACGACGUUUCGCUUGUUAUUACUAAUAUUUGUGAUUGGUACAGUACAGUAUUGGGAAAACAUCCCAAUUAUGAAUGCACCUAAAAGGUCAUGAAUCUCUUUGGUGUUGUCUUGAAUAAACCAUUGGCAACAUUCUUAUAUCCCUCUCUGAUAAGUAAAGUGAGCACCCUCUGGUGAAGCUAUAUCACCUGGUGGGAAGUAAGCAGUGGUUGCUCAGCCUGGAGACUCGUCUCCAUUACAGGAAUAAAUAAUUCCCACCACUGGCUGUACUUCCAAAACGUGCAGCAGGCAAUGCCAAGCGAGUGCAAGCUGAGCCAUGCCAAUGACGUCAUAGACAACAUGUGACGUCAAAACGCACGGACAUGACGUGUUGUCGCUGUAUUUAGUCGUGUGCUGACGAAUGACAGAUGCAUUGCAUCCAUCAUUAGCCCAGCAUCAAGCGUGGUCUGAAUCUGAGCUACAGUGAGGGAAAAAAAGUAUUUGAUCCCCUGCUGGUUUUGUACAUUAGCCCACUGACGAAGAAAUGAUCAAUCUAUAAUUUUAAUGGUAGGUUUAUUUGAACAGUGAGAGACAGAAUAAGAACAAAAAAAAUCC